GUGGAGAGAGAGAGAGAGAGAGAAGGGGAGAGGUAUUCCCCCAGCCCUGCCAGAACAAGCCUUGUCUACACACAGAGACGGAGAUAAAGGCAAAACAUGAACAACUGGAGUUAAACGGAGAGAUAGUAUGGAUGUCAGGAACUGGAACGCAUUGCCCUAAACACCUGAAGGGAAUCACUUCAUGUCAGCGCUAAUCCUCGCAAAGUCUUCUCCUCUGCCAACGAAGAUGGUCAUCCAGAUUGCUAACACUGGCCAAUGGCUACUCUGAGGGACGUUGUUUUAGAAACAUCUCGAAGAGAUCAACGACCUUUAAUCUUCACUUCAGCGAGUCAACAGCCAGGAGCUGGUACAGUGUGAACCACUGUCCCUCAAAUGAGACAACUGAGUGAGCAGAGGCUUGGGUCGUCUCCUGGAAACCCCUCAGUGCUGACCCCCACCAGUGGACAUUGUCUGCCAGUAAGAGGGGGAAGAGAGUCAACCAGCUCCAACGCUAAUCAGCCUCUCUGACUUUGAAUGGAAGACGUCCUUUGACCUCUGCUCUGACUGACUGUUGCUACAGACCCACAAAGCCAUGACCUCGACACUUCGAACUUUGCACUUUAAACUCUUGACUCAUGGCACGGGUCAGGGUACCACCCAUAGCUGUGAUCAAGAGAUCCUAAGGAAGUAUGAUAUUGUACCUUCUGUGGUCUGCGCUAUGUGCUGCCUCUUUGGGAUUAUUUAUUGUUUUUUCGGCUACCGUUGCUUCAAAGCCAUCAUGUUCCUCACCGGCCUGAUGUUCGGCUCCAUCGUCAUCUUCAUGCUGUGCUACAAGGAGAGGGUGCUGGACACGCAGCUGAGUAUGGAGGUCAGCGUGGGCAUUGGCCUGGGUAUUGGCAUCCUCUGCGGCCUGGUCACCAUGCUGGUGCGGAGCGUCGGCCUCUUCAUGGUGGGCCUGCUGCUGGGCCUGCUGGUCGCCGUGGCAACGCUGGUGGUGCUGGAGCAGUUCUACCACCCCCGCACCGUCUGGGUCCCCAUCGGCCUGCUGCUGGGUGCCGGAAUGUUCUUUGCGGUGCUGACCCUGCAGUGGCAGCGCUUCUUCACCGUGCUGUCCACCUCCGUCUUCGGGAGCGCUGUCAUCACCGUGACGGUGGAUUACUUCAUUGAGCUCUUCCUGCUCGUGCAGUACAUCUACGAGAGGAUGAAAGUGGCUCCAGUGCAGCCUGUGUGCUGGUACAGCUGGGUCAUCUUAGGCGUCUGGCCAGUGCUGACCUUUCUCGGUGUCCUGGUGCAGUUCAAAGUCACAGCGGAAGGCUACUCUCACACAGAAGUGUUUAUCAGCAGGAGGCAGCGACGGGUGCAGCUAAUGAGAAUACGACAGAAGGAGAACAAGAGGAAGAGGAAGAAGCACCACAAGAAAUAUCAGGAGCCUGUGUACCGGAGAAAGCCGACUCCAGUCCGUCGCUACGAUGGUGACGUGCUAUCUCCGAGCUACAUUCAGAACUUUCGGGAACGCCAGACGGGCGGGGGCGCCCCUUCUGGAGGCUUCGGCACGAGCACGCACACCAUGAUCGAUGUAGACUACGACUGCAGCUCCAUGGUGCCCCUCACGGCCUCCACACCCGCUGUCCGAGUGUGAGGCGACACGGGGAGUCAGAAAUGACGGGAGGAUUCUCGCUGUCGGGUGCCUGACGAGAAGGGAGGCGGGGGGGAAGGGAGGGAGAGUGCAGCGGAAAAUACAACUCACUGGUUCUUGCUGCCAGAAUGGCAAAGUGAACCUUUUGCGAACAAAUUGAUUAUGUCUCUCUCCCUCUCUCUAACAUGACUUAAUGAAGACUGCGUUUUGUCUCUUCCAAGACAUAAAUACACAGAGGUGUUUUUCUGAGCCUAUAGUGCUCCCCCCCCCAGCCCCCUCUACUACUUUUGACUCUGAGCUGAGGGAAAUGGCGACGGGCAUCAUCACUACGCCACAACUUUGGAACUCUCAUCUCGUUGUUGAUGGGAAGUGCUUUACGGAACACGGCCCAAAAAUAAAUGGCAUCCACCCUCACCGAGAGAGAGAAAUGGAGAGCGAGGGGGAGCAAAUUGGGAGAAAGUCUGCAUUGUCCUCAAAGCCCCAUUGUAAUCCUUUCCCUUGUUCUGCGCUCUGCAAGGGAACUGGAAACUGUUGAUGCAGCGAGAGAGAGAGAGGAGGGUGACUACCUCCUACAGUGAUGGGUACUUCAUUCAGCUUGUGAGCCACGUCCUCCUCCAUUAAUGCAUCGGGAAUAAAGGACCUCAGCAGGAGAUUCCCAACAACACUUACCAGGCAGAUUAUUUUUAUUUUGCAUGACGCCAAGCCAUGUAUGUACGUGUGGAGUGAAAUGUACCCACACAUAUAAACUUUCAUGCAAGGACCUGUUCUUGAAUGUAAAAUAUUAAGAAGGAAAAGGUACUUGUUUGGCAUUAGAAGAGAAAGUGGAUUUUUUGAUGUUGUGUUAAGCCCCUCUGUAGAAAUACCUGAUUUUGUGUUCCUAAAGUCAGCAAGAAAGAAAUGUGUUUGUGUGUGAACCUCCUAUCUAUUGACAGUCAGAGUCUUUGAUAGCAUUGCCAACUCCUCAGCAUUACUGCCUGAAGUGACCAGAAAUUUAAAGAUUAAUUUCCAGGGCAGCCAUCUUACAAAGCAAACCCCAUGGGAAAAGUAGCAAUCAUAAAAUUCUUAAAAAACUUAAAAGACUUCUUAAAAAAUAAACUGGGUGUUUUUCCUUUUAUUUAUUUGAUUGGAAUAUUAGUUCCAAAUGUUUUGAAAUUGGCAUUGAUGGGCGAGGCAGUAUUUAAUAGAUUAGGGAGAGACAUUGUACUCCUUUGUUGGAAUAACUUAUUUUAGCAAACUUUUACGCAGAAGCAUCUUGUAAAAAUUACAAAGUGCAAGCCCCAGGCACCUUUUGAAACUUCAGCCCCCACUAUCUGCUCAAGACGUGCUCAUAAUUUUCAGCCUCAUGUAUCACUCAAACUAAACUGACUUAUUGACAAGAGAAGCAAUCAGAAAGAACGUGGAGAGAGAUAGUAGGAACUGCAGAUGCUGGAGAAUCCGAGACAACAAGGUGCAGGGCUGGAUGAACACAGCAGGCCAAGCAGCAUCAUAGGAGCAGAGAGGCUCCAAGCAGCAUCAUAGGAUGGAAUUAGCAUCAGUAUUGAUGUGGGCCUUAACUUCUUUAAUUCCAAAAGGCCCAACAGUCCUCAGCUGCUUCAUCAAUGACCUUACCUCUGUCAUGAGGUGGUUAGCUCAGUGGUUAGCACUGCUACUUCACAGCACAAAGGACCCGGGUUCAAUUCCAGCCUCAUGCAACUGUGGAAUUUGCCCAUUCUCCAUGUGUGUGUGCGGGUUUCCUCCGGGUGCUCUGGUUUCCUCCCACAGUCCAAGGAUGUGAAGGUUAGGGUGGAUUGGCCAUGCUAAAUUACACAUAGUGUCCAGGGAUGUGCAGGCUAGGUGGGUUAGCUAUGGGAAAUGCAGAGUUAGAGGGAUGGGGUAAGAGAGCCAGUGUGGGCUCGAUGGGCUGAAUAACUGGCUUCCAUACUGUAGGGAUACUAUAAAAUCAGAAG